CCGACAAUCCCCCAACAUCUCUGAACCCCAACACAGAUCUAUCUCCAAGACAAGAUCGACGCGAUUCUCCAGGCCACUGUGGGCAAAUCUGCGCCUACACCCUGCCUCCAAUCUACCGAGUCGUCCACACACCCACAACACCAAACCACCCAGGUUGCUUGCCCUCGACAUGUCGGGCCAUCAUCAUCAUCAUCACCACGACCAUAGCGGUGGCUGCCACGGAGAAGACCACGACCAUUCGAACGACCUCACCCCGGCGAUCCAGUCGCUCCUCUACUCCCAAAUCCAGUUCGACUCCAUCACAACCCUGAACGAGGCCAGUCCCAAAUCCGGGGCUGCGAUCGUGCAAAAGACUUGGGCCGAGAGAUUGAACGAUGAGCCCGAGCUGGAGAGCGAUGCAGACGAGCAGCUGCUGAUGUAUAUCCCGUUCACCGGCCAAGUUAAAGUCCACUCCCUUCUCGUCUACACCGCCCCGACCUCCUCCGCCCCGAAAACCGUGAGACUGUUCAAGAACCGCGACGACUUGGAUUUCUCCACAGCCUCCGAUCUCAAGCCCACGCAAACCGUUGAGAUCCCUCAGCCCGUGCCCGGCGCCGAUGUCUUCGACCUGCCGUUGAGCCGCGCCCUCUGGAAUGCCACCACGUCCAUCACGCUGUUCUUCGAGGAUAAUUGGAGCGACGGGGAAGAGGACGUCACCAAGGUCGGCUACGUUGGCUUCAAGGGUCAGUUCCUGGCGCUGAAUCGGGAACCCAUCAGCUUUCUCUACGAGGCGGCGGCGAAUCCGAAUGACCAUGUCGCUAUCCCGGGUGUGAGUGGGGUGGGUAGCAGGAUCCUGUGAAGUGCGUUUUGGCUUUUGCUUCCAUGAUGCGAUGCAGGUGAGGGGCAGUAAGACCGGUCUAUGUGUGCAUUCGUUUGGUUACGGAGCCGGACUCUCAUAUUCAGACAAUGUAUACAAAUCCGUGCUCGACCGUCUAGUCACACUAGGUAGUGAGAUAGUUAAAUAGCAGAGAAAUCUAACAA